AUGGACGGGGGCUACAAUAAUUACAACUCGUACGGCGGUCAGUCCGGCGGCGGCGGCGGAUUCAUGCCGGGCGAAACGACCAGCCCAGCAGGAGGCAAGAAUACUGACCGCGACAACAAGACCAUCCGCCCUGUAACAGUCAAGCAAAUCCUCGACGCGAGGCAGACAUACCCCGAAGCGCCGUUCCAGAUCGACAACGCAGACGUGGCCAACGUCCAGUUCGCCGGGCAAGUGCGCAACAUCAGCACGCAGAGCACAAAUGUGACGUACAAGAUCGACGACGGCACGGGCGAGAUCGAGGUCAAGCAAUGGAUCGACUCGCAGACGGCCGAUGGCAUGGACAUGGACGGCGGGGCCAAGGCGCCAGCUAAGAACGAGGUUGAGCUGAACGGGUACGCCAAGGUGUUUGGUAGCAUCAAGAACUUCAACAACAAGCGCUAUGUCGGCUCGCAUGCGGUCCGGCCGCUGACCGAUAUCAAUGAGCUGCACUGCCAUCUGCUCGAGGCUACCGCUUGCCACCUCUUCUUCACUCGGGGACCGCCUGGUGGUGCCGGUGGUGCGAACGGUGCAGGCACGGACACGGCGAUGGGUGGUGCGGAAGACUACGGCCAGGCCCAGGCUCUGGCGUCGAUGUCGCCCGUGGCGAGGAAGGUCUAUACCCUGCUCAAGUCGGAAUCUGCGGAAGACACCGGCAUGCAUAUGCAGAUGAUCGCGACCCGACUCGGUUUGCCUGUCACGGAUGUGGCCAAGGCCGGAGAUGAGCUUAUUAGCGCCAGUGUAAUCUUCUCGACGACCGAUGAGCAGACAUGGGCGAUUCUCGAUUACAACAGCUGA